AUGGCGGCGGCGCACAUCCCGCUCAACCAGCACCCCGAUGUCCCAGUCCCAGCGUUGUCUUCUCGCCGCUCGCCCUCUCCGCGCAGGUGGCUGCCCGCGCUCUCCCCGCUGCAGGCGGAUCGCCCGCUCGCCCUCGCCGCGUGGGACUACCGCACGUGCACCGCGCACCUGCACGCGCUCCUCCUCUCCCCGCCGCAAUUCCCCGCCUCUUCCCCCGCCGCCUCGCCCCCUCCGCCCACGCUCGCGCCCCUGGGCGCCUGGCAGCUGCCGGCGCGCGCGUCCCGCCUGUCAGUGUGCGCGCUGCAGGACGGGCGGUCGCUGCUGCUGCUGGGGUCGCGCGGCGGGCAUGUGAGCGCGCUGCUGCUCGACGGAUGGGACGUGCUGGGCGCGGAGGGGGCGCUCGCAGAGGCGCUGCAGGAUGGGGAGGGACGGGAGGGGCGCGGGGGGGACGAGCGCAUGGAGGGAGUGGAUGGGGUAAAUGGGGCGGGCAAAGCGCGUGCUGGGAGUGAUGAGGGGAAGAGGAGGGCGGGGACAGGGCUGCUGGUGGGUGUGGGCGGGGGGGAAGCGGCAGGCAAGGGGGAAAAGGCGGGCGGGGACAGAGGCAUAGCGCUUAUUACGGCUGCACCAAGGGGAGCGGGGGGGCCGGGCGGGCAGGGGCACGAGGGGCGCGUGACGGCAGUGGACUUCCGCGCGGACAACGCGCGCUGCCUCUCCGCGGGCGCGGACGGGCGCGUGCAGGCCAUGGCGCUGGUGGCGGGGCAGUGGGUGGCGGACUCACUGCUGGCGGAUGCUGGGGGCGCGCAGGGGGGGGGGUGGGGGAGCCGUGGCGGUGACGGCGGGCAGGUGGCGCGCUGCGGCGGAGGCAGUGACAGGCAGCAUGGGGGGCGCCGUGCAGCUGUGGGACGUGAGGACGGGACCUGCUCAUGCACCCGCUGCCACGUGCAGUGUUGCAUG